UCGACCUUUAAAAUCUUACCAUUGAAUCUAUAUUGCACUUAUGGAAUUAUCAGUUCGAAAUUUACAGGACAACUAACGUUCUUGAAUCAAUAAUCAUGAGGUAGUACAGGAAUAAUAUUCACACGUUGUCCAUCGACUAUGCCUUUCAGUUGAUCUUAGGUCCUAACUCACCCUCUUUGGACAAAUCUUCUAUAGGAAUCCUUAGGUGAUGGAGCAUUGGAUUCUCACCAAUGUUUCCGCUACUUAGGCUAACAUUUCCUCUUUCGCUUCGUCCACCACUGCUCGCACAAAGGCUUCUCUCUAAAGUGGAAUAUUCUCUUACAUAUGUAUUUUUGAAACUUCUAGUAGUUUUUUUAUAAUUCCUUACUGAGUUUAAUUGAACCCAUAGCAAAUGUUCCAUCCGCUUCUGUUGAUAUAAACACGGAUUGUGGAUAAUAUUUUCCUACCUACAUCUUAAUAUAUAUUACUGUACAUACUUAAGCUUUAUUGCUUUUGUUAAUAAACUUUUAACAUCAAAUUAAUUUAUUCUCCCAAAUGGGAUAUUGUUCAUCAUCAAAUCCUUCAUCUUACCUUCAUUAUUAUCAAUUCCUCUUCAAAAUAUUCCUUCUUAAUUUGAUGUUACAAUCAGCUAACUCCAAUAAGAUAGAUUUGCAUCAAUUAGUUUUCACAACAUGUAUUACUCAAAACCAAACAUUCCAAAAUUAUGAUACUAUUUCAAAGUUAUCAAUUGUUUCAUCUCUAUUUCAAGAAUUUCUUGAUAAGUCCUUAGAAUCAAAGUUUUUUGAGACUUAUGCAGGGGAUGAAAAUAUAGCCAUCUUGGGAUUAUUUCAGUGCAGAAAUGACCUUAAUUACAAUGAAUGUCAUAUUUGCACAAAUAGACUUGUUGACAUUUAUAGCCAUUUUUGUGGAGAAAGACUCCCUGCUAGAGUUCAACUCUCUGGCUGUUAUUUGGAUUAUAAGGCAGAGGAAGAGAGAGAGAUUUCUAAGCUUCAAAUGCUUCAUAAGGUCUGCAGCAGAAAAAGGGCGAAUUCGCGUAGCUUUUUGGAGGAGAUGGGAUAUGCAUUUGCUGAAAUUAAGAGCUGUGGAAUGAAUGGAAAUGGAUUUUGUGAUUUGAGUUAUGGAAAAGUUCAUGUCAUGGCACAAUGUGUUGGGAAUUUAGGUGGUUGUGAUUGUGGUGAAUGUUUGCACAAAGCAGCGCAAAUUGUUCAUGAUGAAUGUGCAUAUUCUUUAGCUGGUGAAGUGUAUUUGGAUGGAUGUUAUUUGAGCUAUAACUAUGGUAAAUAUAAGAUCUCUCAUGAAGGGAAAGGAUCUAAGGAAGGUACACAGAAAUUGGCAGCAAUCGUAGCAGGAGGCAUAGUGGCUGCUAUUUUGUUAGGUGCAGUUUUUUACUUCAUGAAGUCUUGUGGCAAGAAGGAUGAUGAUUAUUGGUGAACCAAGAUGGAGAGUGGGUUUGAACUUAAUCAAUGGGGUAGUCACAAGAUACGAAACUGAGUGGGUUUAAUUUAUUCAAUAGAGAAAUUUAGUUCUUAUCUCCUACAUUAUUUCCCUUAUUAUGUAUAUAUAUAUUUAUAAAUUCUUUAUUCAAUUUCUUCUUUC